GAUCGCCUCCAUCUCUCCCAUUCAGUCAUUCUCACUCUCUAUCGAUUCCCUUCCAUUUUUGUUGGAAAUUGGAGACGGUUACACGGUUAGCCAACGUCCAGGUCCGCCAUUACAGUCCAGGAUUUCACUUGUCCUCCUACAUGGGGUCUUCAGCAGCCCAAGCUGAAUAUGCUGCAUUUGAAGAGAAGGUGAAACGAACAGUUUAUCUUGACAACCUCUCACCAAAAGUCACUGAAACUGUCUUGAAAAUGGCUCUCAAUCAGUUUGGGACUGUCAAAAGUGUUCAGUUUAUUCCCAACUACAUGGAACCAAGAAACAUCCCUCAGUGUGCAUUGGUGGAGAUGGAGAACUCAAGGCAGGCUGAAGCCGUUGUGUCUGAGAUUUCCCAAUUCCCAUUCAUGAUGUCUGGGAUGCCAAGGCCCGUCAGGGCACGUCCUGCACAAGUGGAGAUGUUUGACGGUCACCCGACAAAGCCUGGUAGAAGGAUACAGUGCCGUUGGUUGGAACCAAGUGAUCCUGAUUUUAAGAUUGCAACAGAAAUUAAGCGACUUACAUGGAAACAUGCUGCUGAAGUUGCAUUCUUACUUAAGCAACAACUACAGGAAGAAGAGAAGCUUGCAAGUCAGCAGCAAGAUAAACUUAAAGGAAAUUAUAAGAAGUAUGAGAUGAUAGAUAGUAUCAUGACUGAUGGAACUGCUCGCCGCCUAGCACGCCGGUAUAACCUGCACAUUAGAGAUGACUGAGAGGUUCUUCAUUAGUAAAAGCAAAAGUAAUUGUACAUGGCUCUGUUUAUGAAUGUGUCAGGGAACUUGGAUGGGAGAUGUGCAAUGAGCUCAAAGGCCUACCCUUUUUGUUUUUUCAACUCCAAUUCGUAGUGAGAGCCGGGGUCAGUGGAUAGUGGUAUAUAAUUCUAAAUCCUAACUUUUGAAAAAGACAUGGAACAUGCUUAUUAGAUCAAUCCCACUAACUUUUUUGGUUAUUAUAUGAGUACCCCUGUCUCAUUUGACUUUUAGACUAGUCGGUAUAGAUGCAUUGUAUUUCCUAUCUCUUGGUUUACCUUGUAAAGUUACUCUAAUACUUCAAAGAUUUUAGUUCUGAAAUUACUCUUA